AGCUAGCAAAUCCCAAAACUCAGCUAAGAUGUUGAAGAUUGUGGGAGCUUUGAUGUUAGCAAUGAUCUUCCUUUCGGUCGACGCGGGGCACCACGGAAUCGGGAGGACUAAUCAAAGACCAAGAACUCAACAGGGUAACUUAGCCGAAGAACUUACCAAGAGAGGUUUUACUACGCUGGUGGACCUCGUGACGAGAGCUGGUCUUGCUGACACGGUCUCCAACCAGGGCCCCUUCACCGUCUUCGCUCCCACCAACGAAGCCUUCAGAGCCUUGGAUCAGAACCUCGUCUCUUAUCUCUUGGACAAUCCCGAGGAGCUGAAGAACGUCCUUCUCUACCACGUCGUGUCAGGCAGCGUUCCCUCCCGUAGCCUCAGCAACGACCUGGUGGCAGAUUCCGUUCAGGGGGCACCUCUCAGGAUUAACCUCAGGUCACGUCCUUCGGGAGUCACCGUCAACGGCGUGAAUGUGAUCAAGGCUGACAUCAAAGCAAGCAACGGCAUCAUCCACGCUGUAGACCAGGUGCUGCUAGCUCCCCAGGCUGACAUCGUAGACACUCUGGUGGGGGAUGAUAGGUUCUCCACUCUCGUAGCUGCUGUCACUGCUGCUGGUUUGGUUGACACCCUUCGAGGAGGCCCCUUCACAGUAUUCGCCCCGACCAACGACGCCUUUGCCAAGCUCCCCGCUGGUACUGUGGACAGCCUUCUCAAAGACAUCCCAGCGUUAACAGAGAUCCUCCUCCGUCACGUUGUUCCUUCCUCACUUUAUUCUGGUGCUCUUCUGGGAAACACUUACAACACUGUUGGCGGUGAUAUGCUGUCAGUGUCUCAAAACGGGGGCCGCGUGAACGUCAUGACGCGACAGAACAGAGGCAGUGUGAUCGAGGCAGACAAGACGGUCACAAACGGAGUGGUUCACGCCAUCGACUCCAAUUAUGGCCCCGUCCGACGCCAGGGUAACAUAGCUCAAGUGCUGAGCGAGGGAGGCUUCAGCACACUCCUUCAGCUGGUGGAGAGAGCUGGACUUGCUGAUAGCGCGGCUGAGGGAGGUCCUUUCACCAUCUUCGCCCCUACUGACGAGGCCUUCGCUGCCCUCGACCCAACCGUGAGGAACUUUCUCCUGUCGGACGUCGAGGCGCUGACGACCACGCUCUUGUACCACGUCGUCCCCGGCAGCGUCGUCGGAUCCGCUCUCGAGGACGACCUGGAGUUGGGGUCCGCGACGGGUUCGGUUCUCAAGGUCAACGUCGUCGGUUCGAAAACUCGGGAGGUGACAGUCAACGGCGUGAGAGUUCAGAAGGCGGACCUCACAGCGAGCAACGGCGUGGUUCACGUAAUUGAGAAGGUCCUCUUGCCUCCUAAGCUCACCAUCGUCGAAGCCCUUGCAGGAGACGGACGAUUUUCGACUCUGGUGACAGCCAUCAGUCUCGCCGACCUGUUCGAAACACUCGACUCAGAUUUGAAGAAUGGCCCCUUCACGGUCUUCGCUCCUACUGACGACGCCCUAGCCUCACUCCCCCAAGGAACGGUGGACAGCUUCCUGCAGGACAUCCCAGCUAUCCGGAAGGGCCUUCUCCGCCUCGUCCACCCAUCGAGGUUGUACUCGAGAGCGCUCCUUGGAAAGACCUUCAGAAGUGUCAGUGGAGAGGAGCUCUACGUGUUCCAAGACAACUACGGUCGACUGAGAAUAAGGACCAGCGUUAACACAGCCACUAUCAUACACACUGAUGCCACGCUACUAAAUGGAGUGGUUUGUUUAAAAAUAUUAAUGUUUUCCUCGCAAGGAACCUCCAAGCUUGAUGUGGCUAUCAGCAUCACCAAUUCUAACCUGGAGACUCUUAACGACAACCACCAAAGCUCUCGGAACUUUCUCAAGAUGUUUAAAGGUCUUGGUACAUUGCUCUUGGCUGGUCUUGUUCUUGCAGUAAAUGGCCAGCACCCCAGGCAGGUUCGGCAGGUCGGGAGUGCAGGCAACCUCGCGGAAGUGUUAAGUAGCAGAGGUUUCCGAACACUCGUUGACCUUGCGGUUAAAGCUGGUUUGGCCGAUACCGUCUCCAACAAUGGCCCCUUCACCGUAUUCGCUCCCACCGACGAAGCUUUCGCAGCUCUCGAACCCCAACUUGUUAACUACCUCCUUGCGAAUCCCGAAGUCCUCAAGAACGUGCUCCUUUACCACGUCCUGCCAGGUCAAGUCUUCUCCUCGAACUUGGCGAAUGAUCUUGUGGCAAAUUCCGCCCAGGGAAGGACUCUGAGGGUCAAUCUUUUCUCUAAUCCCUCGGGCGCGGUGGUCAACGGCGUAAACGUGAUCGAGGCCGACAUCCCCGCGAGCAACGGCGUCGUCCAUGUCAUCGACAAGGUCCUUCUGCCUCCCAAGGGCACGGUCGUCGACACCCUGGUUGGCGACGACAGAUUUACGACCCUCGUGGCUGCUGUGACCGCCGCUGGCCUGGCCGACACCCUCGCCUCUGAGGGACCCUUCACAGUCUUCGCCCCUACUAACGACGCCUUCAACAAGCUCCCUCCUGGUACUGUGGACAGCCUCCUACAGGACAUCCCUGCCCUUCAGAAGAUCCUGCUGCGCCACGUCGUCCCUUCAACCCUCUACUCCCGUGCUCUUUUGGGGAACACCUUUAGUACAGCGAGCCAGGAGGAGUUGUCAGUGUCCCAGGACGCCUUCGGUCGCGUGACAGCUUCCACGAGUGCCAACACCGCCCUCGUGACGAUUCCCAACACACCUGUUUCCAACGGAGUCAUCCACGUCAUCGACACCGUUAUCUAAAGUCAUCUCAUUGUGUAUAUACGUCAUCGUCUUCACGCGUGUCACCUUAUACUAUGAUUUUUUCAGAUAAAUUUUCGUUUUUAAUCUU